AGCCAUUGUCGUCAACAAUCAGACCACUGUAGCGAUCAGUUGGCACCAUGGCUUCAUGCAAGAAGAUGUUGGCAAUGAUGUUAUUGAUAACAUGGUGUGUGGUUCUUGUUAAAUACAUGUACACCUCGCCAGCAACAACAUUGAACAACGAACAGUAUAAUCUAGCACUCAAAACAUCGAAUAAUCCUUCAUCUAAAAGCAUCCCACCAUUCAAUCAGCACUCAAGCAUCCUGUCGCAUUUAUUGACAGGGCACUGGAAAAUACGACCACUGACGAAAACGGAAGACGAACAAAUAUCGAACUUUCUUUCUGACGCAAAUGCCCGAUACCGUUUCCCUACGAAUUAUCAAAGGACCGACGGUCUCUGUGGAAAUGUUACCCACAUCAAAUCUAAAGCUGCUGAGUGGAUAAGGGCCUUGUGUGAUCCGAAAGGAACAACACCUUGCUGCUUCAACAACAAAUGUGCUUUGAAGUCUGUGGAGGAAUGCGUGUGUCCUGAUUGUUAUGAUAUGAGGAACCAGAAACAUGCUGAAUAUUCCACCUGGAUACCAUCAGACACGAAAUACGUCUACAAGGAACACAGCCCCCAAGAAGCUUGUAGCAUCCUCAAUGGUAGCACGAUUCUGUUUGUUGGGGAUUCUCUGGUUCGUCAUGUGUACACGGCUAUGCUGCUUGUUGUUACAGGGAAUAUGAAAGAUGGAGCUAUGAGGGAUAAUGUACCACAGAAUAUUAGAAACAUGUGUAGCGGAAUGUACAUGUUCACAGAAAAGGUUUGUCGACUGAAUUUGAAAUAUGGGUUUAGUGCUUGCAAUGGUGCAGUUAACCUGGAUCUCAAGUACUACUUCUAUGCAGCUUUUGGCCCAGAGUUGAAACAAAGUGCCGAGAAACUAAAUAGCAAGUCUUUACUUUUUACUGGCGUAGGAAUUCACAGUCAUUAUAACCAUAAAGAGAUCCAAAAGUCGUUUUUGUUACCAACACUCAAGUACAUAGAGAACAAUACGAGACCUUGGCCAAAAGUUAUGUGGGCAGCUAGUCAUGCCCCUGGUAUCAUGAAGUCCCCGAUGGUGUCGUCCCAGUCUUAUGACAGUGUGAAACUCUUCAAUGACAACAUGGAUCCUUUCCUCAGAUCUUGGAAAGUUCCUGUUUUCAAUACUUUUAACAUGACCGAUGGAAUGGCGAGUUUUGAUGGUGAGCACUACGGACUUGGGAUGAAUGUAGUGAAAGCAAAUCUUCUUCUCAGUUACCUACAUGAAUUAAAAAAUAAAGGAUUGUGGUGAGAUUGUCUGUGUCGGUCUUAUUGAGUUUUAGUUAUUUCUAUUUGACAAAGAAACCAAUACGAAAACAGUUUGUACGUAUCUGUUUACAAUCGUUGUAUUUUGAGUGAAAUCAAAUAUAUGCAUAAUAUAUGAUAUAGCCGUAUAUUUUAACAGUUUCAUGUUUAUAUGUAUGUCGAAAUAACACGACAUUAUGUAUGUUAAAAUAUUUUCCCCUAAGAUGAGAGAUAUUUAUCAUGUAACAUAGUGACCAAUUUGCACCUUCUCAUUCCAAACAGGGGUUGUGAAGGAUUUGGAAUUGAAAGGCUUAUCGACAAGAGUUAUGCAAGUAUUUCAAUAAAAUGACCAUCAUCAGAAUUUUAAUUCAUUAUUCUAGAGUCAAGCCUUCAUCUAACUAGUCAUCUAACUAAUAAAUUCUCAACAUUUUCGAGAUUUUAGUUGUAUCAUACUUUUAUCCUUUUCCUGAUGCAAGAUUCUUGUCAGCAGUCGGCUUGAUACACCGAGUUCUUAAAAUAACAGAUAGAUUGUAUCAUGUUUCUAACGGAGAGCAACAAGAAACUAUUAAUCAAUAUCUACAGAUAUGUAGAUAAGCUUAAAGACAGCCAUAUUACACGAGAGUGUAAAUAAAUAAUCUACUCCAUAACAAUUCUGAUGGUUUGUAUUAAUUUGAUUCUCUCAAUAUAUAGGUGUUGUCAAGCGAGAAUGUUUUGGUAUAGUAAAUAUCCUGUAUUAGGAAAAAAACAUUUUAUUUAGUGAACCUUGUCGAUCUGAUAUGGAAACUAAUCCCGCUGGUGUUCUCGCUAAACUGUUUCGCAAUUUGUACCUCCAAAGUUGCGCAAACUUGUAUAAUGACCCGGCGACGUAUAUGUAAGACUCUAAUCGCUGGUACCUUUGACUAUUAUUUGGAUAAUGGUAACAAUUCUUCCAGCAAUUUGUCCAGAUCCCCUAUGGUUAAUUCUGACUCGAUAGGCGAUAGACAAUGGAUUUUAUGUUUGCAUAUUUAUCCGUAUGUGACCCAAUCGGAUUUUAUCCGUUGGCCUUAUCUUGCCGAGAAACCCAUCCAUUAUAUGGUAUUCCGUAGGGGAUAUUUUGUUUCGGGGUGCAACUACAGGAAAUACACCAAUGUCUGGCAAUGAAAGUAAGUGAUUUACGAUAACAUCAAGCUCCCAAACAGAACAUUGUGACAGCCAUGAAGCACAUGACUCCGGAGAGCACGUGCAAGGGGUGGUUUGCCCGAUUUACCAUUGUCACUUAGACUCUGUAGACUGUCAGUUUUACCUAAAGUCAUGGCGAUGCAUACUAUAGAAAUGAUCCCUUAAAGUAUGAUCUUAAGAAUUUGUUAUAUGCUCAUGGCUUCGGACAUGUGUGGGGAUUUCAAGGUGCUGGUGACCCUGAAUAUGUUAUAAGUGAGUUUAUACUGAGGGCUGAGGACUGUCAUGCACAAACAUGGUAUUCUGAAGUGUCUGGAUGCUCGAAAUUAGAACUGUAUUCAUUAUAAAGACAUCAUUAUCACUUGAACCGUAUCUAUUAAAUGUAUUAUCAAAAUGCUUACCCUUUUACGUAUUGGAGAACUGGGAAUUAUGCAUAACACAGGAAGGAGGGAUGGCAUCGUUAAGACACUCCUGUUUUGUCCAUUGUGCCAGUUAAGGGCAGUUGAAAUUCAUUUCAUUCUUGUUUGCCCUAUUUAUGCCCUAUUUAUGAAGAUAUUCGCUAAAAAUGUCCCAUAUUUAGACUUUAUUACUGGUAAUAAUCGUAAAGAUAUACCAGUUUGAAUGUUAAAAUCUUCUGAUGUAAACUGUCUUGAGAACUUAGCCAAUAAUGUUAAAGAUGCUAUCUGUCUUCGUUCUUCUUACCCGUUCAUAUUAUUUAUGCAGCACUUGAUGUGAAACUAAAUUGUAUAUAUCUGUACGUGGGCCUGAGGCCUUAUUACCGAAUAAAC